AUGUUCAAAAACAUAUUUUUAGCUCCGGAAAAUGGCGGCUGGGUGGAUAGUAUGCAAGUGGAACACUUUGAUCCAUAUACACCGGGACAGCUCACCAAAAACUUCACGGCUACUGUAGCCGAUGAGAUUAGUGUGACACGUGGCACGACAGUAAAAGCGCUCUACCGAGACGAUCAAUGGAUUUAUGUGCAAGUUUCGGAUGGAAGGAAAGGAUUCGUUCCACAGACAUACUGUAAAUUGUUGCUGAAUGCGCGAAAUUCGAAGAAAGAAGUUGUGGACAAGGUGAGGGCGCUCUAUUAG